AUGUCAAAGUUUGCCCCUGUUUCAGCAUCAUCGGCAAAUAUUACGUGCUUCUGUGGUUUCGCCAUAGUCGCGAUUCUGACAGAAAUACUCGGCAGAAGAAAAUCAUUAAUAAUACUAAAUAUUCCCGUUCUUGCCUCUUGGAUAGUCGUAUUUUUCGCGAAGGACAUGGUCACGUUGCUGCUGUCGCGGAUCGUGCUGGGAGUUUCUUACGGAGGAGUUCUGAUGCUGACGUACAUCUGUGUCGGUGAAUAUUCAUCGCCGAAUAUAAGAUCUCUCUGCUUGAAUCUUAUAGCAUCUGUGGGAUCGCUGAUCGGAACUGGCCUGGGACACAUGCUCAGUUUAUUGGUGCAUUGGAGAACCGUCGCCCUGAUAGGCGUCGUCCCUUCGUCGUUGGCCGUCGCAGUGCCGUACUUCUGGGUGGAGAGUCCCGCUUGGCUCGCAUCGAAGGGGAGGUUUGAAGAAUGCACGAGAGCGUUUCAUGCGCUGCACGUCACUAACGAUGUCACAAAAGAAGAGUUAUCUUUACUUAUCGCCACCGAAAGAAACAAUCAAAGAAAAAUUAGGAAACAUCGAUUCGAAUUGAUGUUGAUUAUUUCUAAAAUUUCUUUCGCCAUAAAGCACAAGUACUUUUGGAGAAUUAGCAUUUUGAAUACCGUCGUCAAUAUUUACAGAGUAGCGGGCGGCCGAGUGCUUUUUAGCACUCUAGCCAUCACGAUCUUAAAAGACAUCACCGGCGAUGCGGAUAUUUUGAAAGAGACGCUCUUUGUCGAUAUAUUCUUUAUCCUCGGAGCUUUGAUGUCUUGCGCUUUAGUGAAGAGAUUUAAGACAAGAAAAUUACUCUUUACCUCCGGCAUCGCAGCAAACAUUCUGCUCGUAAUUUUAACACUUGUCAUAUAUCUACAUCCCGGCAAAGAUGACAAGUUCAACUGGAUAAAGGUCACGCUUUUUGCCGUUUACUUCAUCACCAUGAUGGCGGGUCCUUACGCCGUUUUAGAAACAUUGCUGAUAGAAAUAAUUCCACUAAGUAUAAAAAGCUUUUUUAUUUUUUUCUUUGGCGCAGUGAUUGGUGUUUUCCAGUUUAUGGCCGUUAAAUUCGUGCCGAACAUGGUGAAUACGAUGGGCUACCAUGGCAUAUUUUCCGUCAAUGCAACAAUAGUAUUUCUGUGUUUGGCAUACCUUUGGUUUAAAUUACCGGAAACUAAAGGGAAAUCUCUAGAGGAAAUCGAAAAUUACUUCAAAGAUGAUAGAUUGACAUCUAUGAGCUCAAAACUAGGAACUGACGAGUGUGGUUAUGGAAUGCUUUCAACGACCGCAACAAAACAAUAA